ACAUAGGUAAAUCGAAAAAAAUCAGACGAAGGGGCUAUACAUCAAACUGUGUAAAAUAGUUUAUAUAAUGUUAAUAGGUACUCAGAGAGGAGCGGUCCCGUUUUUGUUUUUGCACGUUGAGCUGCCAUUACUUGCAGUGGCUAUAUAUACGAAUAUUCACAGAGUGUUGGUUAUGUAAUUACCGUUCUACCAAAAUGUAUGGAGUUUACAUCUACCUGUAUGACACUGCUAUGACACAAGAGAAGAAAGAGACGCAAUACGACACGAGCAUUUUGAACAAAUACGCGCGAAUCAGUAAAGAGAAUGCGCGGGGGAGCAAAGGUUAUUUGCCUACGCCGCGAUACCGACAGCGACAAUGAAUCCAACUUGAUAACCAGUUGAUAUUUAUCACUCGAUUAGGAAAGUCUUCAAUUAGGAAAUAUGUUGAAGGGUCUAGUCGGACUGGUGACGGGGGGCGGGUCCGGGCUGGGGCUGGCUACGGCCGAGCUGCUGCUGCAGCAGGGCGGGCGCGUGGUCAUCUGCGACCUGCCCACCAGCGGCGGCCGCGACGCCGCCAAGCGGCUAGGCGAGAACGCCGCCUUCGUUCCCGUCGACGUGACCUCGGAGUCUGACGUGAAGACAGCACUGCAGAGCACGAAAGACCGCUUCGGACGCCUCGACGUGGCUGUUAACUGUGCCGGCGUCGCAUCCGCGCAACGGACCUACAACUUCAAGAAGGACCAGCCUUUCGACCUCAAAACAUUCCAGAAAACCGUUGAGGUGAAUCUGGUGGGCACAUUCAACGUGAUCCGGCUGGCGGCCGGCAUGAUCGGCAGGAACGCGCCUGACGCGGACGGCCAGCGCGGCGUCAUCGUCAACACCGCCAGCGUGGCCGCCUUCGACGGACAGAUCGGACAGGCAGCGUACUCUGCGUCCAAGGCGGGCGUGGUGGGCAUGACGCUGCCCAUUGCCAGAGACCUGUCCAAGCAGGGGAUCCGCAUCGUUACUAUUGCCCCAGGGUUGUUCCGGACUCCAAUGAUGGAGCAGAUGCCGGAACCGGCGAUCAAGGCACUAGAGGCGCAGGUCCCGUUCCCGCCGCGCUUGGGCCUGCCCAGCGAGUUCGCGCAGCUCGUCGAGACCAUCAUACGGAACCCCAUGCUCAACGGCGAGACGAUACGCCUCGACGGCUCUAUCCGGAUGCAACCUUAAGGCGAUCUGCACAUUCGAGACGAUGUGAGACAUCGCUAUAAUACGUACACAGAUAAAUAAAUAAAACAGCGCUUUAACGCUCAUACUCCAGGGCGACGUCCGAAUUCGCAUCAGUGUGAUAACCGCGUAUAUUCCCUACUAGUCUCCCGGAUACUGAACAUUGCGGUAUUUAAUAUUUUUGAUUUGUUGGAGUAAGGUAUACUGGAGCUUGCAGGCGUGUUUUAUCAACUGCCGCUUUAGGAUAUAAAUAAAAAUAUUUCUUAUGAA